AUGUUCGGGAAUCUGUGUUCGAUUGCUAUUCUUUUGAUGCAGGCUAAUUCAUUUGUCAGGGCUUGCUUGGUGGAUGAGUGUGAGAACGCCCUCUCCACAAGAGCCCUAAAUGCGGCUGCCUUGUAUGGGAACAGGUCACAGGAAUCGGCUGGUAUGUACGUGGGGGUGGAUGAGGGCUUGUGGUAUAUGGCUGUUUGGGUACCUAAGGUACCUAAGGCUAACCAACGCCCCACAUUCCCGUUUAUCCUUUGGGAUGGCAUCCAACCACCUAACUUUGUUAUAGAUGUACUUAGAUAUGGCCCAACCUUCGCACCCCCACCGCCCAAGAAUAGAACCAGAGACCUCAUUCCGGAUAUAGAAUACCUUGUAAAAAGCCUCACAGACACGCAGAAGGAGUAUUACAGAUGCAUAUCUUCGAUAAACAUCAUGAAAGCUAAGGAACAGCAAGAAAUCAUAGAGCUCAGGGACAAACUGAAUUGUACUACUAGAUGGAUGCGAAAGAACGGAGUAAUUCUCACCAGAGCAGAUAAGUCCAGAACACUGGUCCUCAUGAAACGCAAUUCAUACCAACAGAGUUUAAGAGAAUACAUCGAUAAUACAAUGUGCAAGAAAGAGAAGGACGAUAUAAUUGACAGACUACAGGCUAAAGUUAGACGUCUGGCUGACUCUAAAUUAGCUAGACGCCUGGCACUUUGUGACAUAGUGGUCGAUUCGCCCGAUGUCCCUAGACUUUUCGCCUAUGCUAAGACACAUAAGACAGGCCAACAGUUACGCCCAAUUGUAGACAAGGUGAGAGCGCCCACGAGAAAGUUAGAAAAAGCCAUACACAACCUUCUAACUCCCCAUCUGGAAAACUACCCUUACAACGUAAAUAAACCGACCGACCUCAUCCGCCUCCUGCAGGACCUACCCUCCCCACCACAGUUUAUGACAGUCCUGGACUUCAAAUCUAUGUACCCCUCAAUAGAACUACCCCCAACCUUCUGCUCCCUCAGAGAUUUUUUGUUUAAUACUGUUCAGGACCAGGCACUAUAUCAACAAGUACUCGAGGUGGCCCAUCUGGCAUGUUAUGACUCCGUGUUUAAGUUCAGCGACACUAUCUACCGGCAGAAAAAGGGCGUACCAAUGGGUAGCCCGCUCUCGGGCAACCUCUGCGAAAUGGUCGUCAGGCAGCUUGAGACUAAGGCCCUCCCGCCUUUCCUUCCUAGCAUCCUCGUUUAUAAAAGAUACGUUGACAACAUCCUUAUCAUAUGGAAGGAGAUACCCGACAUGACAUCUUUCGUCAGAACCGUUAACAACAACCCUUUUGGCCUAACGGUCGAGCUAGAGCAAGCUGGUACGGAAGAAGUCCAUUUCCUCGACAUCAGAAUAAAGGUAGUAGGACCCACCAUCCAAACAGCCGUAUACCACAAGCCCUCACCCACCCCCACGUACAUACCAGCCAAUUCCUGUGACCCGUUCCCAUACAAGGCAGCCGCAUUUAGGGCUCUUGUGGAGAGGGCGUUCUCACACUCAUCCACCAAGCAAGCCCUGACAAAUGAAUUAGCCCGCAUCAAAAAAAUAGCAACCGAACACAGAUUCCCGAACAUGACGCACCGCUUAAUUGAACAGUACCAACGCCGGAAACACACCCUAACCGCAGAGAUCACCGCCAACCCACAACGAAAUAACCCAGCACGGAUCCCCAUCACAUACAACCUGCACCUCAAGACUGUACAUAGAAAAAUAGCCAAAGAGCACGGGAUUCGACUGGCAUACAGAAGAUGCCCCACGAUUUUCCGCAUCCUAAGGAACGAUAAGGACCCUCCUGAUUGCACCAGACUCCCCGGAAUCUACUCUAUCCCGCUCCGUGACAAUAGACAAAACGCAGAACUACUAUACAACGGCUUAACCAAACGCUCCUUAAACACCCGCCUACGUGAACACCAAGCAGAUAUCCGGCAUGGGAGGCUGACCACAGCCCUAGCCACAUACGCAUCGAACCCUGAAAUCGAAGUACACUUCGAGAGGGCUACCAUUAUUGUCAACACGCCCCACCAGCAGCAACUCAGAUGGCUGGAAGCUGCGGCUAUCCACAACGCCGACCGGCUAACCUUCGAAUAA